AUGGCCAAUAAGGUCUCCAAUUUAUCAGAUCUGAUCCAGCGAGUCACCGGGUCCUGUUUGCUUCACCCGCUUGGUUCCGCUCGACACUACGCCGACGACAUCACGGACGACGACGAUUCAGAUUACGAAGAGCGUAGCAGGAUGGAGAAAUACUACGACGAAGACGAAGAUGAAGAUAAAAAACUGACUCCGGCGCUGGCGGUGGUGGAAGAAAGAGGAGAUGGCUAUAAAACAGAGAGACAGAUGGAAAUGGUUACGUUGAUGAAUGAAGUGUUCGAAACGGUGUCGUCUAUGAAGAAGGCGUAUGUUAGUCUUCAGGAGUCCCAUUGCCCCUGGGAUCCACGGAAAAUGAGGUCGUCUGACAUGGCAGUUGUAGCCGAGAUGAAGAGGCUAGGGGUUUUGAGAGAGAGAUUUCGGAGGAGUGUCGGCAGCGGUGUGGCGGAUGCGGUCAGGAGGAAGGUUGCCGGAGUUAUGCUGAGGGAGGUGGUAGCACCGUAUGAAGCGGCGAUGGAGAAGUUGAAGACGGAGGUGAAGAACAAGGAGGCGGAGAUAGAAAACUUAAGGGAGAAGUUAAAAACGGCCACCGUGCUCAGUAGCGGCGGAAGCGGUGGUCGGAAGAGUAGGUCUCACUCCCAUCAUCAGUCAAAGAAAAAAGUCAACUACAGUAGUCAACUCCAAGUUUUGCCGUCGCCAAUGCCGGAUGUUGCAGCCACUUUUGAAUCAAGCAUAAGUUCAGUGAAAGAAGGAUCAAAAUCGUUCACCUCGUUGCUCCUAUCGCUCAUGAAAUCGGCACACUGGGACAUCGCAGCCACCGUCAGAUCCAUCGAAGCCUCCGCCACAAACACCCCCGCCACCCCCAGAGAUUCCAUUGUCGGACCGAAUCAUGCUAAGUACGCUCUCGAAUCGUAUGUUAACCGGAAGAUUUUCCAAGGAUUUGAUCACGAGACGUUCUACAUGGACGGAAGCCUAUCGUCGCUCCUAAACCCUAACCAAUUUCGAACGGAAUGCUUCACACAAUAUCGCGACAUGAAAGCAAUGGAUCCGAUUGAGCUUCUUGGAAUCCUCCCGACAUGCCAGUUCGGAAACUUCUGCUCAAAAAAAUACCUUUCAAUUGUUCACCCGAAGAUGGAGGAAUCGUUGUUCGGAGAUUUGGAACAACGGAGUCAGAUCUUGGCCGGAAACCACCCAAGGACUCGAUUCUACGGCGAGUUCUUAGGGCUGGCGAAGGCGGUUUGGCUUCUUCAUUUGCUGGCGUUCUCUUUGGAUCCACCGCCGACUCAUUUUGAAGGAAGUAGAGGGGCGGAGUUUCAUCCGCAGUAUAUGGAAAGCGUGGUGAGGUUUCCGGGAGGGAGGGUGGCGGCGGGGCAUGUAGUCGGUUUUCCGGUGAGCCCAGGGUUUAAGGUCGGAAAUGGAUCUAUUGUAAAAGCGAGGGUGUAUGUUGUUCCUAAGAGUGAAUUAUAGGGGUGUAGAAUGUAACAUUGUGUAACUUAGUUUGGUAAUUUGAGGGCAAGAAGUAAUGGAGGGUAUGGACGUUAGUUUUGUAUGCAUUCUUGUAAAGGAGAAUGAAAGCAACAAGAGCAAUGUAUGUCUUUUAUUGCAAAUGUACAAAUUUUAACUCGUUAGUACUUCAGUG